AUGUACUCUAAAAAGCAUUUAAAACGCCUAGUGAAUAAAAAAUUAAAUAAUUUAUACAAAAAACAAAAUAAUAAUACACAAAAUGAAAAUGAUGUGAAAAGUGUUAAUGAAAUUGAAAGUGAUACAACUAUACUCCUGGAGCGGAUUAUUGACAUAUUGCAACCGAAGAAGAUUGAUUUAAUGAUAUUUCCUAUUAAAAGCAUAAAUGAUUUAGCAUCUACAGAGUCCUUGCUUUUGAAUAAGCCUGAGGCAGAAAUUGUGGCGUAUCUGAAGCAAAAAUUUUCAAAGAGACCCCUAUCAAAAAUUUUGGAUGAAGUGAUUGCGGAGUCCCUGCUCUUAAAAGUGAAUUGGGAUGGAGCCAAAAAAAAAGUUGCAUUGAAGAAUUAUGCACUUUUCAAUAAAUUUCUUUACGAGGCCUUAAAAGAUGACUACUCAUACCCUGAUUUUGAGGCAAAGAUCAAAAAGGCGUUUCUCAAAUGUAAGGCUCAGUUCUACAGGAACACUUAUAAUAUAAAAAAAAAAUAAUAAAUUUCAUGUACAUUCAUUUAAUUAAAAAAUUUUAAUAAAAAACAA